AUGCCCCCACUACCCCCUUUGAGUGUAAAAAUGUCUGCUUUGAAAGACUUGAAAAAUAAUUUUUGUACAAUGAAAUACAAUUCAUAAUUGAAAUCAAUUAAUAGUUACGAAAUAAUCAGAUUGACGACAAUGGAACUCAAACAAAAGACGGCCACAAUAAACUACUGCAUGCCUUAAUUUUUUUAAAGUAGAUUUUUUACGAAUCUCAUAGGACAUAAGUGUGAGUGUGUUGGACAUGUGUGAUCAUUGAAGUGUGUGUGUGUGUGUGUAGUGAAACAUGUCGGACGAGGAGGACUCAUCGCCUGACCGCGCCCUGGCGCCCACCAACAAUGUACCAGUGCUGGGCUUGAAGCGUCUGAAGCAGAUGGAGACGAUGUUCCUGUCGCGGCGCGUUCAGAUCCCGCGCAGCCACGGGCUGAGCGUGGAGACGCUGCUCGACGUGCUGCUCGUGCUGUACGACGAGUGCUGCAACAGCAGCCUCCGCAGGGAGAAGGCGGUUGCCGACUUCAUACAGUACGUAAAACCAGUAGCCACAGCACUGAAGCGACUGCGACUGUCGCGCGAUGACUUCGAACUCGUCAAGGUGAUAGGUCGCGGCGCGUUCGGCGAAGUGUGCGUUGUGCGAGCGUCUUUUAUGCAGGGAACAGACGGCGGUGUCAACAUGCCGGUGGCGGACGGCACAGUAUCGACGACGACGGGCGAAAGGGUGUACGCUAUGAAGAUUUUGAACAAAUGGGAAAUGCUCAAGAGGGCGGAAACCGCGUGUUUCCAAGAGGAACGAGAUGUGCUAGUGUUCGGCGAUAGGAGAUGGAUCACAAACUUACAUUAUGCCUUUCAAGACGAACACAAUUUGUACCUGGUAAUGGAUUACUAUUGCGGUGGGGACCUGCUGACGCUAUUGUCCAAGUUUGAGGACCGUCUGCCCGAGGAUAUGGCCAAGUUCUACAUUGCGGAGAUGGUGCUCGCUAUACAGAGUGUGCACGAGCUCAGAUAUGUACACAGAGAUAUCAAGCCAGAUAACGUGUUAUUGGACGCUAGCGGACACAUUAGGUUGGCUGAUUUUGGAUCAUGUUUGCGGUUAGGUGAUGAUGGAAAGGUACAAAGUAACGUGGCGGUUGGCACCCCUGACUACAUUUCGCCUGAAAUCCUGCGCGCUAUGGAGGACGGCCAGGGUCGAUAUGGACCCGAGUGUGACUGGUGGUCGCUCGGCGUAUGCAUGUACGAGAUGCUGUUCGGCGAAACGCCAUUCUAUGCGGAGUCGUUGGUAGAGACGUACGGCAAGAUUAUGAACCACGCACGCUCCUUCCACUGUCCGCCGCCAGACGAACACGCAGCGCAGGUCUCUGAAGAGGCAAUAGAUCUCAUCCAAAGAUUGAUUUGUUCAUCUGAAAAUCGAUUAGGGAAGAAUGGCUUACAAGAUUUUAAGAGCCAUCCAUGGUUUGCGGGUCUCGAUUGGGAUAAUCUACGCGAAAUGCAAGCGCCGUUUGUACCGGACGUGUCGAGUCCAACGGACACAUCCAAUUUCGACGUUGAUGACACAGACAUCAGGGUGUCGGGCGCGGUGCCGCCGCCGAGCGCGAGCGCGGCGUUCUCGGGGCUGCACCUGCCCUUCGUGGGCUUCACCUUCACGGCCGGCUCGCGCCUCUGCGACCGCGGCGCGCCCGCGCAACCGCUCAGCCCCGCCAAGAACGCGCCACGCCAGGUGCCGAGCAAUGCUGGUGAUCGGGCAGCGCUUAAAGCGCUCGAGCGUGAGAACGCGCUGCUCGCUCAGACUAUCGCCGAGUUGCGGGCCGGCGGGGAGCCCUCUAGUGAUGAUGUGAUCCAACUGAAGGAGGAACUAGCGACGGUGACCAAGAGGAACGCGGACCUGGAGGCGCAGAUCAGGUGUUACGAGCAACUGAACAGCGGCAUCACGGCACAGGACGUGCAAGCAAUAACUGGCGUACCGCAGGAGACGGCGGCGCGGUUACGGGAGAUGGAAACGUUGAUCAACAAUCUCACCGCGGAGAAAGAGGAAUUGGUGAAGGACAAAAUGGAUACGCUGGAGAAAUUGACGCUGCAGGAUAAAGAACUGAAGGAUGCGCUGUCGCAACGUAAGCUGGCCAUGACCGAGUACAACGAGGUGUCCGACAAGCUGUCAGAACUGAGGCGGCAGAAGCAGAAGUUGUCGCAGCAAGUCCGCGACAAAGAGGAAGAACUAGAAGUGGCCAUGCAGAAGAUCGAUGCACUGCGCCAGGACAUCCGGCGCGCUGAGAAGGGACGACGCGAGCUCGAGGCGAGGCUCGACACCGCUAUCGCUGAAGCUACGAAGGAGCGCAAGCUGCGCGAGGAGACGCUGCGCGGCGCGCGGGCGGAGGCGGGCGGCGCGGCUAGUGCGGCGGGAGUGACGGCCGCGGCGGGAGUGACGGCCGGCGCCGCGGCCGAGGUGGCGCGCCUGCAGCACGAGGUCGAGGCGCUCGAGAUGCAGUACGCGGAGUCGCUGUCGCAGCAGCAGGCGCGCUACGGCGCCGAGCUGGCGGCGCUGCGCGACCAGCUCGUCGAGGGCGACGCGCUGCGGAACGUGCUCAGCAGGGAGCUACAAACAUCCAAAGAGAAGCUUGAGAGCCGCCGUCUUGAGCAGCUAUCAGACACAGAGGAUAAGCAGAUGCUCAUUAACGAGAACAGAAAACUAGCCAAGGAUCUUGAUGCGAUGGCUGAGAAUGGACGGCGGUGGCAGUCGGAGCGGCGGCAAAUGGAGAUGGAAUUAGAAGAACUGAGAGCUAAACGCGACACCAUGCAGCACUGGGAGACUCAGAUUGCUGACAUAAUACGAUGGGUUGCGGAUGAGAAGGAAGCAAGAGGCUAUUUGCAGGCGCUCGCCACUAAGAUGACGGAAGAGCUGGAUUAUUUGAAACGAGCGAGUGGUCCCCGCGCGGCAGGCGCCCCGUCGCCGCCGCCGGCCGCGGCGGGCGCCGGCGGCGCUGGCGGCGCGGGCGGCGCGGGCGGCUGGCGCAACCGCCGCUCGCAGAAGCUCGACAAGAUGGAGAUCCUCACGCUGCAGUCGUCGCUGCACUCCGAGAUACAGGCCAAGCAGGCCGUCGGCGAGGAGCUCAGCCGCACGCGCGCCGAGCUGCUGGCCAGCCAGAGAGAGCUGCUGGAGAGCCGGCAGCGGCUGGAGGCGCUGGCGCACGACCUGAAGCGCAAGGAGCAGCACAUCCGCGACAUGCAGGCGCGCCUCGACGCGCCGCACCAGCCCGGCAACUCCUUCUUGGAUCGGCCGUCGUCGCAGAUGAGUUAUCUCGACCAGUUCCUCAAAGAAGCGCCGACGGAACGACACUACGACAACGUGCCGUCGAUCAACAACGAACAAAAGAUGUCGCCGCAGUAUCGUUACAGAAAUGCGCAGUAUUGUUGCAAUGCUAAGAUGAUGUACGGGUCGCAGCAGUCGGCGGCUUUAAGCGGGUCGGUAGAGUCGCAAGACGAGUUGGAGGGGAGAGCUGCCUCUCCGGCCUCCAGCAAGAGUUCGCCCAGCGAAAUGUCUACAGAUCCAUCAAUAGGUCCUGCCGUGCCGGGCAAACAGAAGCUUCACCAAUUCCUCGUGAGAACGUUCAGCAGUCCGACCAAAUGCAACCACUGUACUUCGCUUAUGAUCGGGCUGACGCGGCAGGGCGUGGUGUGCGAGACGUGCGGGCUGUGCGUGCACACGCGCUGCUGCGCGCGCGUGGCGCCGCGCUGCCCGCUGCCGGCCGAGCGCGAGCGCCGCCCGCUGGGCAUCGACCCCGCGCGCGGGCAGGGCACCGCCUACGAGGGCUACGUCAAGGUACCAAAACCCGGAGGUGUGAAGAAAGGUUGGAUGAGACAGUUUGUAGUCGUGUGCGACUUUAAACUGUUUUUGUACGAUAUAUCACAAGAUAGGAAUGCUUUACCAUCGGUUUGCGUAAGUCAAGUACUGGACAUGCGUGACCCCGAGUUCAGUGUGACGUCAGUCAAGGAGUCUGACGUCAUACACGCCAAUAAAAGGGAUAUACCGUGCAUAUUUAGGAUAUCAACAUCUCAAUUGGAAGGCGGCAAGCGUUCACACACGUUGAUGCUGGCGGAAUCGGAGUCGGAGAAAACAAAAUGGGUGGUGGCCCUCAGCGAGCUGCAUAGAAUACUCAAAAGGAAUAAUCUGCCAGACAAAUAUGUGUACAGCGCGUGCGUGGUGGCGGAGGGCGGCGCGGCGGCGGCGGCGCUGCGCGGCGCGGCGGCGGCGGCCGUGCUGGAGCGCGCGCGCGUCGUGGUGGCCGGCGACGCGGGGCUGGCGCUGCUCGACCUGCAGCGCGCCAGCCUCACGCCGCGCCGCCACCUCGCGCCCGUGCACGCGCUGCGCUACGUCGCCGCCGAGCACCUGCUCGUUGUGAUAGCUGGUCGCGGACGACACGUGCGAUUAGUGCCCAUCCGCGCUCUAGAAUGUUCCGAGGUGGAGUGCGUCAAGUUAGCGGAGUCCAAAGGUGCGGUAGACAUCGCCACCGGGGAACUUACGGGCAAUACCAUGGGUUUCGCUGUCGUCUGCAAGCGGCAGAACUCGUACGUAGUGAACGUGUACGAAAUAACGCGGACGGCGGCCCGCCGCUGCCGCAUCGCAGAGCUGCGGGCGCCGGGCGCCGUGCACUGCGUGCAGCUGACGCGCGGCCGCCUGCUGCUCGGCUACCGCGGCGGCUUCGCGGCGCACUGCCUGCCCGACCCGCGCCGCCCCGGCAGCGACCAGCCCGCCGUCUCGGUGGUGCACCCCGAGAACCAAGUGAGCGUGUUCCUGGCGCACUCGGGCGCGCGGCCGCUGGCGGUGGCGGGCGUGCCGCGCUGCGCAGACUCGCUGCUGGUGUUCAGCUCGCUCGCCAUCUACGUCGACCGCGCCGGCCUGCGCGCGCGCGACACCGAGCUCAUGUACACCGCGCACCCCACCCACCACGCGAUAAAUGAAACGCACCUAUUGAUAUUCACCGCGACCCAUAUUGAUGUCUACGACAUAGAGUCCGGGGAGUGGGUGCAGACCAUCAAUAUACCGAACGCGCGUCCACUAGACGAAUGCGGGUGGGUGGUGCUGUGCGGCGGAGGCACCAACGGCUUCCCCUUCUCCAGCGAUGCGGCACCAUUCCUCGUCUACCUGCGUCCACUUACUACCCAGGGUCCACUGGCUCCGGAGCAUGUGUCGUCGUGGGGCACUAAGCGGCGCUUCUCAGUACGCGAGCAGUCUCACCAGGCCGUAGAGGCGCACAACCGCCUCUCGGAGCGGCGGUCGCGGCUGAUCUCGGCGCCGACGAACUUCGCCCACCUGUCGCACAUGGGGCCCGGCGACGGCAUCCGCUCGCAGCGCCUGCUCGACCUGCCCACCACCCUCGAGACGGCCGACGAACUGCCGCAGCAAAUAUAUAGCAGUAGAGAGAGCAGUAAGCGGACGUCACCACUUACGAUAUCGCACGGGACCGGCUCCUAUAAUGGGUCGUGGCGCGGGCGCGGGCGCGACGACGCGCCGCCGUCGCCCGGCUCGCACCACCGCCCCAUGGAGAGAUCGAUAGGUGGCGGUUCACAAGGCAGCGGCUCUCUACUGCUGGAGAGGUCGAUCACUCCGCUCAGCCUCGGCAGUAUGAGCUCGUUGCACGAUGUACUUAAGGUGGGUACGGACAUGGGGGAGGGGCUCCACUCUGAAGACAGCAGUUGUGGCGCAUCUCCGCCGCACCCCAUGGAUCCCUGAUGAAACCAGUUGAACGCGUACUGGACUAUAGACAUGUCCCGUUUCUACGCUUGCUUCUGUUAAUGUUUUAUUGCUCGGCGGCAUAUUGAGCACGAGGCUAAAUUGUGUACGGUCAGCAGACGCUGCGACGAUUAUUAUUUUAAAUGUUGUUUUAUUGAAGUUUUGUUGCUGACCGUACAACAUGUAUUGCGUCCGUUUGUCACCGUUUUGAUAGACUGAGUUUUUAAUACAUUGAAAUAUAAAUAAACAUAUAUUAGUAAUUUAUUGUGCAAUUGAAAAAUUGGGAAACAGGUGUGACAGAUAUGUAUAUGCAAGUAUGUAUUGAAAAAUUUCGAAGCGAGCAAUAUUUGAACCAGUACUAUUGAGAUAUAAUAUAACUAUUUAUUUAUUUGCUUGCCUUUAUCAAUAACACCGUUUUGUUAUAUUCAUACUAUUUGUUUGUGUGUGUGUGAUGCAUUUAUUUUUUUUUCUAAACAUUGCUAAAUAACAUUUUUCUCGAAAUUUUGUGUUGUAUUAAUUUAGGCUAUAUAGUCUAUCCGUGUAUUAAAUCUCAUUAAAACCCGUACAGCCGUUAAAAUGUGAUAAAGUAACAAACAUCCAAAAUAUCUCGGUAAUGUUAUUUACAAUAUUUGUGGAAUUACCGUUUGUAAUGCAUCCUUCAAUUUUGUUCAGUUACAGGGCCUGUAGACAAGUGGCAAGCGAAUCCAUUGACGGAAUCGUUACAUCAAGCAAGUCCAUGUGUUAGAAUGAGACGUAAGACGUUGCUAUCUCAUUCUACCUCAUCCACACGCUGGCGAUUACGAUUUCAUCAAUAGAUUCGCUUACCAUUUGUCUAGACGGCCAGGGCAGUAUUGGAAAAUUUGUUUUUUUUUUUUAUCGAAAAUAAUGUUAGGGCUUUUUAUUUACAUAAUUAUCUGUCUAUCACGGUAAAUUCUUUAUGGAGUAGGCAGAAAGAGAUGUCGAAUCAUGAUUUAUACUAAACACGUAGUAGUAUAAAAUCAAUUAAAAGCAUCAAUUUGCAAUAUUAAAAACUCAGUACCUGUCAAAUCUAUAUAAAAAAAAAUCUAUUUAAUUAUAACGUACGCAUAAUAAAUUUUAUUUAAAAAUUUGGUUCCUAAUAUAAAAUGAAAAUUAUAAUUUGCAAUAUAUUUAUAUCAAUAUAUUUAAUCAAACUAUACGACACAAUACCUUCCAUUAUGAUAAUUAUGAUGGGAUAUCUUAGGUGUAAAACAGACGUGACUUUUAGGUCAAUUAGUGUCGGCUGCGUGGGGCUCGCUGCGAAGUGUAUUGCGUACGAUGACGGUACGGUCAGCGUCCAAAGUCUACGAACAUGUUAAAAUUGUCAAAACUCCCACACGAAGCGUACAUAUGCCAUUGUAUAUAUUCAACUAAUUUAGGUCUUAUACAAUGUUCAUCCAGUUGUGAUUUUGAUCUUGUUUAGUACGUUUAUGGUUGUCUAUGGGUUUUGGAAAUUUGUCGAUGUCGAUUUUUGUUGCCGACCGUACUGUGGUAGUUUUAUUUAACACCAGUACAAUCGGUGAUUUCGUUCAGACACACGAAUAGAUAGACAAUCGUAUAAUUUUAUAUUUAUAAUAUAUUUCGCAGUGAUUUAGCCCCGACAUCGCAGAACGCGUGGUUUUUAUAUAAUAUAACAAAUAUAUAAAUAUAAUAGCUGUAGUGUAAUUAACCAAAUUGUAUUUAUUUGCUUUUAAGUAUACGUUAUGUUAAAUACUCUGGACGCCAUUUUGUUCUUUGCUGACACCGCCGAUUUAAUGUAUAAAUAUAUAUAUAUUUUACGUAUUUAGGAAAUGGCGUUCAUUUUUUUUUAUAUUGUAAGAAGUUUCUUUUUUAUUAUAUAAAAUUGUAAAUUUAUUUACAUAAACCGUUUUAUAUACUGCCUUACUAGCGUAAACAUUAAAGGCUGACCACUGCCAAUCCAUAGAUAAAGUUUAGACGGCAUAGAUUAAUUCAUUGAGACUGGCAUAAUAGAAGCGUUGUAUAGCCAUAAAAAAAAUGAAAAACAGUCAUAAUAUCUGAAUACAGGUAAAAGUUUUUUUUUUUUGCCUAUGGACUUGUCUUUACAAAUAGUCAAGCAUAUAAUUUAUGUGUGUGCUUAAUCGUUCUUCUCUUUUUUUGCUCGGUCUAUCUUUUAUAGUGUCUCUCUCUUUUAUAGGCUCUCUCUUUUAUAAGGUCUCUCUCUUUGUGAGGAUCUCUCUCUUUACAAGGGUACAAAAGGGGUUAAUUUGACAAUUACACAAUGUAACUUUGUAUUUACGACUGUAUAUUAGAUGUGAAAGUUAAAUGUUGACUUUUAUAUAAUAUCUAAUACUAUGUUUAAUGUUUGCGCUAGAUAGAUAAAUAGUUGUAAAAAUAACAAAUAGCAAAUAACUGGAGUACGUCGUGGGUGAACACCGAGUAACCAAACAGAUGGGCAUCGAAUGGUAAUCGUUUUCAAUGUAUACGUCUCUUUUAUAUCAGUAUUCAACAGUUUGACCGUUUCUCGAUUCGUCUGAUUCCUCAAUUCGUUUGGUUACAUAUCAGAUGAGAAAUUAGGUCCUCUAGACUAGAAGCGAAUUCAUCGAUGGAUCGACAUCGCUCGCGAGUCCGUGAGUUAGAAAUAGACAUCUGUCGUUGCUAUCUCAUUCUAUCUCACGGAUUCGCUAGCGAUUUCGAUUCCAUCUACGAAUUCGCUGGCCACUAGUCUAGAGGGCCAGUUAUAUCGAUCAAAUUGUGAUUUAUUUUUUAAUGUCAGAUUCUCCAUUUUCACUAAAAUGAGACUACUUAUAAAUUUGAAAAACUUCUCAAUUUAUUACGCUCUCUUAUUGGAUUUUAAAUUAUAUCUAGAAUUUUUCUAAAAUGUCUAAUUAAUGGAAAUUUAUUUAGAGAUUUUAAGAAAAUUAAAUAAAUUGUUUUUUUUUUCUUUAAGAUUUAUAAAAGACAGCAAAAGUAACUCUCUAAAAUUGAAUCUCUUUGCUAGAAGUGUUACUAGUUUUAGUAUUGUGUUUCAGAUAUAGCAUUAAAUAAAAAAAAGUCCAAUUGUAUUUCUAGCACGCGAAUUUAGAUGAUAAUAAAGAACUUGUUAGGAGUUUGUAACUUGGAAACAAUACCGUUCGAUGCCCACUCUGUACAAUGCCAAUAGAACACGAGUCUAUUGUAAAAUUUAUAUUAAUUGAUAUACAAUAUGGUGGGGCGACAACAUAUCAUUAUGAUGCGACAUCCCGUUACGGUAUCCACAUGUUUGCGUUGGCAUAUUUUAAAAGUAUUCGUCAGGAGGGGCCUGCCCCUUUAAAAAAGUCCUAUAUGUACUCUCAUGUCUUUGUGAAGCUUAGGGUGGGUACCAGAGGGUGGAACCCCCCCCCCCUACUCUAAAUAUGCCAAUGCAUUUGUUAUCAAAUCUGUCAUUUGUACGAGCUGUCGUCGGUUGAAUAAAUACAUACGCUCCGAUGAAAUCUAACAAAACAAAGUAUCAAUAAUCAAUGCAUUAGAAUCUUUUUAGGGGACUGUUUUAUUUUUCCUAAAGGAACGAGCCCGAAAAAUGACAAAAAGAUUUGAGUCCCAUAUACUGUUAAAACUUGACAGCUAAAAUGCACAGUGUUAGGAUGGGAGGCGCGAUAUUUUUUUUUUAAUAUAAGUUGUCAUUUUUCUAACUAAAACUAUUUUUCUCGAAUUUGGUAGUAGUAUAAUAAAAAAUCGCAUUUAAAGAUGAAUAAAAUUAAUUUUAUAUCAGUAAAAAUUAUUUCUAUUUCGAAUCUUGUAAGAACACGUUUUGAAUUAUUAUUGAUUAGGUAUCUUAUAUGCGGUUUUUGUAUUUUUUUUUUUUUUUUACUAAAUUUACUACUAUAAUCUUUUGGAGGGAACAAUAAAGAGUAACUUUUUAAAUUGGUAUUAAGAAAUGUGUAAAACAUGACGUGUUAUGUUCAAAUUUUGACAAAUAAUAUAGACUUCGCUGGUUUUACAGUAUAAAUCAUCUUAUUGAUAGUUGUGUUAAACUGAAUGCGCUUAUAACUGCAUUGUAUUGCAUGAUGAUGAUGAUAAUGAUGAUGGUGAUGAUAAGCGAGAGUUUUGUUAUAUUUUGUCGCUGCGUACACGUUUUGACGUGUAGAAAUGGGCACGCAAAAUAGAUGCAGCUACGGUUACACUUUAACACUCAUAAAAACGUCAAACUGGAUUUCUAAAUAAAUCUAUUUUUAGCUAUUGAACUGUUUUGUCUCUUUCUUUUUCACUAAAUUCCCAACUUGAAAGAAAGUGACAAAACAGUGUAAUAGUUAAAAUGGGUUUGUUUUUAGUUUUUAUGAAAAAGAGGGUAGUCGUACACGUCUGUCCCAACAGUGCGUAGGCGCCAUUUUGUGACGUCAUAUUUGAUCUAUCAAUACUUGUACAGCUCUACAAAUUUAAUAUACAUAAAAAUGUUUAAAUUACUUCGAUAACGUACGUUGGCGGAUCGGAUACAGUAUUAUUUUGUGUUUGAUUUAAUCGCCUCAAUGUGUUAUGUUAUUGUCCUUGUAAUUAAUAUAUUUACACAUAUUAUUAUUAAUAUUUUUUACCAAAAUGUCACGUUUAAUUUAAGCUAAACAUAUUAAUUGUAUAUUUAAUUUUAAUAUACAUAUUUUUAUCGCUUCUAAUGUUAGUAACAGCACAAGUGACGCUUCGCUGAGUUUAAGUUUAUUGUAGAAUUGUAAAACUAGAGGACGAUAAUGUUUAAGAGGAGAUUUGAUUUUCUUUGGUAAUGCUAACUCAUUGUGAGGACUUUUUUUUUUAUCUAACUUGCAAUGGAAACAAGAAACAGAGAAGAAAAGUUCUUGAGUGGCGACCCCCUACUAGAUUAUGACCUCAAAUACAAAGCAGGGAGUCAAUGGAUGCAGAUGGCUCUGGAGUGUUCCUUAUGGCGGUCUAUGGGGAAGCCUAUGUUCAGCAGUAGACGGACAAUGGCCGAGAAAGUUUAUGGAAACAAGCUGCCAGACUUUCUGAUGUAAAUUGACAACUAAUUAAUGCCAAUGACGUUCUUGUCUUCUUGUCUAUAGACCACGGUUAUUAUGUCCCAUUUUCCAUGGAUAAUUCAAUGGAUAAAUCGAUUACUUGUUGUACAUUUCAAGAUUUAUAAAAAAAAAAUCAAUAUCAGUAACAGAUCUCUGCUCUCACAGAUUAUAAAUUGAAAAAAAAAGUUAUUCCUACCUAUUUUAAAGAUAUAGUCGUCCUCUAGUAAUGUAAUGGAUUUAUUUCGCAUUCAUUGAAAAUAAAUGAUACAUGAGGAUGGCUUUGAUCGCUGUGUACACUUAAACUUGGUACAAAUUGUGCGACAUGUAUUUCUACGUAGUGUUUUUGGGUAUGGUGUCCGAAAAAAAAUUAUAAAAAUUUCAAUAUAAAAUUAACUCUUAUGUGGGUAGUUACUAAAGUUCAAUAUUCAUACUAAAGCUUGUCAAAAUUCAGCGUUUACUUUAUGUUAUAAUAUAUGUCAUAUAAUACAUAUAGCGUGGAAUUUUACUGAAAAAUUUGACUAUGGAAACACGUGCAGCUGGCGCCAUCACUAUUCGAAUACGGUGUCAAAGAUACUCUAGAAAUUAUGUUUUCAUAUUUAAGGUUUCAGUGAAAUCAUCACAUUGGUGCAGUGUAGUAACCACUGAAUUACGGCAUCUCUAUAUUAGGUGACCAAUUCACUCUAUAUAAGUGGUAAAUGAAUCCAUCGAUACGUUCGUUUCGUUUAGCGCUCGCACGAGAAAAAAAAACAAGACACCAGACAUCGCUGUCUCGUUCUAUCUCACAGAAUUGAUACCGAUAAUGGUUCUAUCGACAUCGACUCGAUCUUUCAUUCGACUGUCACUUGUUUUUGGGGUAAAGUGUUCGCAUAAUAAACAUGUUUUCAAGUAGGAAUGCAAAGUAUUGAAUUAUUUUCAUCGCAUACAUUUUUCAUCAUGCCUCCCACCAAAUUGUUUAUAAUUACUCCUCUCCAUCCAAAGGUUGCCUGGAAGAGAUCGCUCUUAGCGAUAAGGUCGCCCAUUGUUUUCUCAUUGUGAUUAUUUCUUGUAAUUGUUUGUAUCUAUAAUAAGUUUACUAUUGUAAUCUUUUGGAGGAAACAAUAAAGAGUAUCUAUCUAUCUAUAUUUAAUAGAUAAACACUUAUUGUACUUUGAAAGGAGAUGUCGCACUCUUUGUAUCACGUGUUAUUCUCUCAUGUCGACUAAUUAGUGGUGAGAUGUAUGUUUAACUGUAAGCGAGUGAUGUAUGUAUUCGUUAUUUAACAAUCUAGUCUUUUGUUUAUACAACGUAAUGUAUUAUUGGUUUAGUUUCGUCCCUUGUAUUUUUAUGUAAAAUUAGUUUUUAAUUUAGUUUCGUCUAGUUGAGACUACAGAGAUUUUAGCUUAAUACUUUAAUGGGAGUCGUACUGCGUAUAAUGGUCUCGGCUCGUGUCGACGAUCAAACGAAUUGCACAAUAUUCGUAAGUUUUCGUUAAUAUGUGUUUAUUUUUCUAUGGAUCCGUGGAUAAGGGUUCGGGGGAAGAGGGGAGUUUUAUUAUGGGAGAUAAAUAACUUUGAAAUCGUACAAGGUUUAUUUAAAAAUCAUUUAUUAGUUAAAAAACAAAAUAGUAGUGCAUAAUUCAAUACUCAAACACAGAAAAAAAUUGUCAUUAAGUGUAAGGUUAAGCAUGAAUAAUUUAAUUGGUCGACUUAUCCUCCUCCUUAUCCUCCUCUUUCACCCCCCCCCCCCCUCCUUAUUCGCGGAUUCUUAUUUUAAUAUCAUUGUAACGUUCCGUACUUUAAAGACUUGCUCCAUUUUCAACCGACUUCAAAAAGAAGGAGAUUCCUUAUUCCAUUGUAUGUUUUUAUGUUUGUUUACCUCAUUACACCGUCAGUUGUAAACCCAUAUGGAUUUUUUUUUUCUUUAUCUAAAAAAAGAUACAGAUUGGUCCCAUAGAAUUUUUUUAUCAAAAUCGGGGCAGUAUUUUAGUUUUUAAAUUAAAAUAACUGGUUAUAUCACGUAAAAAUGAAGUCGUUUUCUUUAAACACAAUCUUGAAUUAUGUCUAAUUAUAUUUUACACGUGUUUCGCUAUGUAUAUUAUAAGAAAUCCAAAGAUCUUCGUCGAAAUCGAAUCUUAUAGUAUCUAUCUAAAACAGAUUUCUAUAUAAAUUCUCGUAACUUCUGUCACACGUAUGAAACAAUUAAUGCGCCGAAGAGGUUAUUAGAUCUUUUAUUAUUAUUUAAAUUAGCGUAUAUAUUCUUGACUAUAAAUUAUAUUUGAAAUUUAUAAAUUGAUAUUUUACGUUCAGGAAACAAUACAACAAACAUAACAUUCCUUUUUUUUUUUACUUACAGACCAGGCUAUUGUUAGUGCAUGAUUGCUCUCCUGUAGUAAUUUACUGCUUUUUUUUUUAAGAAAACAGGAUUUUGUGAUUCAAUUAUGUGAGUUUACUACGUUAUCUACAAUUUGGCAGUCUGUGCUAAAGCUAUAGAUGCAUUUAUAUACCAACAUUUGACCGUGAUAAAAUGAUAUAAUAAAUUCAAAAUAAGAAUAGAAAGAUCUUGAUUUGUCUACUGUCAUUUAAGUGACAGAAUAAAAAAAUUAAACAUACAUAGACUUCUCUACAUUGUGUCAUUAAAGUUUUUUUUUUUUAAGUUAGCUUUUACGGCUUUGGACGUUAAGUCUUAGAGUUAGGGGUGAGUAAUAUAUAGCAGUAUCUAUAUAUUGUAGUUAUAGAUAAUAUGUAUAUAUUGCCUCGAUAAUGGAUCUAUUAAGUGUCGGAAAUCAAAUAUUUAAUAUCAAAAUGAAGAUUGAAAUGCGUAUUAUAUCCAACUGAUAUCGGUGAUAUUAAAAUGAAUGAUGACAUUUUUUCCGUGAUCAAUGUCCAAAGGAUCUCAAUAUAUAGUUAUCGGUUCGGUACUAAUAUUACCCAUUCCUACUUAGAAUAAAAAACUAUUGAACUAAAUCUUUUUUUUUUUUACUGCUUGAUAUGACAGUAUGGCGGGAAGUAAUUUCUAUUCUUAUUUCUAUCACAUCAUUUACAGUUCUUAAAAAAUGAUAUCAGUUUAGAAGCAUUUGUUUAUCAUUCCAAAUGCAUUUUAUUGCAGUAACGUUGGACGCGAUAACGCGUUUACUGAUCAACCACUACGCAUUUAUAUUGUCAAUUGAUAUUAUUAGUAUUUAUAUAUUUAUGAAGAACAAUGUACCUAAGAAUGAAAUUGGCCGAAACCUAAUAAUUGUGACAAUCAAAAUUUGUUGAUACAUAUAUCGUAGUCUAGACACUAUUGUUAAAACGUAUUUAAUAACGAAAAUAUCGUAUCGGAUCGAAGAUAGGUGUAGAUUUUGCUAAAUUGAUAUGAAAUUUUUGCAUUGUAUAUUAUACAUAUAUAUCAAGAGAAUUAUUAUAUUUGUCGUUGGAUAUUUAGAAUCUCUAUAGAUUGUAACCUCAACAUAAUAUUUACUUAUAUAUGUAUAUAUAUAUAUAUAUAUACCAAACCAAUUUAUAUAUUUUAUACUUAUACAUUUUUAUUGUGAAUUGUAUUGAUUAUACUUAUUUAUUAAUAUAUUAUGUUAAUUGUACUAAAAUCAAUAAACUAAAAUAAUAUAUGUUUAAUAUAAAAUUUUCUUUAAAAAAUUAAGAGAUUCUAGAUAGUCAGCGACAGUUCGCUUGAUCACGUUACAGCUGUGAGUUUACUUUAUCUGUCGACAAUAUCUUUAUAGAUAGCUAGAGAUGCGCAUAAUAGUGGCGUUUAAUUCCCAUUCCCAGUUAUGUAUAUACAUGCAGGAAAGCAUGCUUCAGUAUUGUUCAGCGUGCAAAAACAACACGAGCUCAUUUCUAGCUAUUAUAGGUAGAAUUUGAUAACAGUGCGCAUUAUGGAGGGUCUAAAUAUUCACGCCGGUGAUUAUUAAUGCAUUCCUAAAAUAAAUAACAAAUUUUUAUUUGAUUCGUUAGAGAUUCAAAUAUUUUUGGGUUUUUAUUAGCAAUCACCAGACUGUCAAUUUUAGAUCCUCCAGAUUCUGAAGGGCUUGUUUAUUUCUAGAGCGUUCAACACUGGAGUUGACAUUAUACAUUUUAAAAUUUCCCGCCAUUUUUUUGGCGGGUAUUUUGUGACUGCAGUAAAGGAGAUGUCGCUACCUGUGUUGAACGAUCCAAAUAUUUAGCAACAUUUAUGGCAAUAUCUAUGCUUUGUAUAAAUGAAUAUUAUUUAAUGGUACCACUAGUUUUGUUCAAAGCAAAUGUGGAUAAAUUCCAGCUCUGUUUAAUACCAAUAUAGUUUGGUAUUUAUCUACGUUUGUUAACAGUUGGGAAUAAAGUUUUAUAACACGAAACUAGAAGUAUUAGCGUCUCGUAAUAUCUUCCUUGUAUUUAACAAUUGUACCCUACAUAUAAUUUGUAUGUAAAUCUUAAAUUAUUGACUAAUAUUAAAUUGCUAUUACGUAAAUUACCUUGAACACUUAUUUUAUGUAAAUAUCUAAAUAAACAACAUUUGAAUGAA